AUGGAGGGGCCCUUGCUGGUGCUGGGGCUGCUGGUCACCUUAGCAAUGUCUGGCAACUGGGCCCUGAAUGAGGAGGAGCGGCUGAUCCGGCACCUGUUCCAGGAGAAGGGCUACAACAAGGAGCUCCGGCCCGUGGCACACAAGGACGAGAGCGUGGACGUCUCUCUGGCCCUCACCCUCUCCAACCUCAUCUCCCUGAAAGAAGUGGAGGAGACCCUCACCACCAACGUGUGGAUAGAGCAUGGCUGGACCGACAGCCGUCUGCAGUGGGAUGCCGAGGAAUUUGGAAACAUCAGUAUCUUGCGCCUGCCUGCUGAACUACUGUGGCUUCCAGAGAUAGUGCUGGAGAAUAACAAUGACGGCUCCUUCCAGAUAUCCUACUCCUGCAACGUGCUCCUCUACCCCUCAGGCUACGUGUACUGGCUGCCACCCGCCAUCUUCCGCUCCUCCUGCCCCAUCUCCGUCACCUACUUCCCCUUCGACUGGCAGAACUGCUCCCUCAAGUUCAGCUCACUCAAGUACACGGCCAAGGAGAUCACCUUGAGCCUGAAGCAGGAGGCUGAAGAGGACCACCAGUACUUUGUGGAGUGGAUCAUCAUCGACCCCGAGGGCUUCACAGAGAACGGGGAGUGGGAGAUUGUGCACCGGCCAGCGAGGGUCAACGUGGACCCCAGCGUCCCACUGGACAGCCUCGACCGCCAGGACAUCACCUUCUACCUCAUCAUCCGUCGCAAGCCGCUCUUCUACAUCAUCAACAUCUUGGCGCCCUGCGUGCUCAUCUCCUUCAUGGUCAACCUGGUCUUCUACCUCCCGGCAGACAGUGGCGAGAAGAUGUCAGUGGCCGUCUCUGUGCUGCUGGCACAGUCUGUCUUCCUGCUGCUCAUCUCCAAGCGGCUGCCGGCCACCUCCAUAGCCAUCCCGCUCAUUGGCAAGUUCCUGCUCUUCGGCAUGGUGCUGGUGGCCAUGAUCGUGGUGAUCUGUGUCAUCGUGCUCAACAUCCAUUUUCGAACGCCCAGCACCCACGUGCUGUCAGAGGGCGUCAAGAAGCUCUUUCUGGAGACCCUGCCUGAACUGCUGCACAUGUCCCACCCGGCGGAGGACGGGCCCGGCCCUGGGACCCUGGUCCGCAGGAGCAGCUCGGUGGGCUACAUCUCGAAGGCUGAGGAGUACUUCUCCCUCAAGUCCCGCAGCGACCUCAUGUUUGAGAAGCAGUCGGAGCGGCACGGGCUGGCCCGGCGCCUCACCACCGCACGCCGACCCCCACCAGGCUCCAAGCAGACUCAGCAGGAGCUCUUCAGUGAGCUGAAGCCAGCUGUGGACGGGGCCAACUUCAUCGUCAACCACAUGCGGGACCAGAACAAUUACAACGAGGAGAAGGACUGCUGGAACCGCGUGUCCCGUACUGUAGACCGCCUCUGCCUGUUUCUGGUGACGCCCAUCAUGGUGGUGGUCACGACCUGGAUCUUCCUGCAGGGCGUCUACAACCAGCCUCCUCCUCAGCCUUUCCCCGGGGACCCCUUCUCCUAUCAAGAAAAGGACAAGCGCUUCAUCUAGAGGCGGGCUCCUUGCGGCAGCAGUCGGGGCCUUUGCCCGAGAGACGUGUGUCUGAGAGGAGACACCCUGGCUGCCCUUGGGAAUGCCGGCUGCUGGCCCUGAGCCUGAGCUGUCAGCCCAGCUGGUGGUCCCUCAAGGCCAGGACAGAGAAGGAAGAUGCGUGGGCACAGGGGAAGCCUCACUGUCCAGUGGUUCCUUCACUAAGAGGGGGCCUAGGCUGUGGAAGGAGUGGCCAGGACCCUGGGUCAGGGGUCAGCAAAGGCAAGCCUUCCCAGAGAACUCUAUAGUGGCUCAGGAAGACCUGGGGGACAAGGCAUAGCCUGUCUGCCUCCCCUUCUCCAGAGGAUUCUGGGCCCUGCAUUCCCAGUUCCUCUAGCUGCCCUGCUGCCACUCAGCCCUCAGGCUCAGACUGGGGACUUCCCCCUCUGUCCUUAGGAAGAGAGUGCUAUAGGGUUGUAGCCUGUCCCUGCCCUUAAGACCUUAGUCCCUUUGGGCCCUGUGGGAGCCCCAUGCCUUGGAUGGAAGGGUCAGUCUCAGUGCCCACAAAGGCCUGGGGUCAGUUUGUCGCCCUCAGGUCACAUGUCACCCUAAGAACUCGGUGCCUUCGGUCUUGGGCACCUCCUCCUGCUUGCCCUCCUCCUCCUCAGAGUGGCUAUGCAGUAUUUGGAACAUACUUUAUGCUGAAAAGUGAUGGUACCCUUUUAUUUCUAUUGGCUAAUUCUGACAUCCCAGGAGAGCCCCCAUUCAAUCGUGUCACAGGACUUGGAGACAUGGGUCUCUGUGGUAGCCUGCCUGCAAAAUGACUCCAGGACCACCUGGUCCAAAUGUCCAGGAGUCCUCUCCCACCAUGGGCCAGGAUGGAUCUCUGUGAUGGCGUCAUA